GGCCUCGCGCACUAAAGUCUGGCUACAUGGUCGUAUCCUCCUCCUCCGUUCUCCUCCUCCGAAAACAACAUGGAAGAAUACGCACGUGAACCAUGCCCAUGGCGCAUUGUAGACGACUGCGGUGGUGCCUUCACCAUGGGUGCCAUUGGUGGGGCAGUAUUUCAGAGCAUAAAGGGCUUCAGAAAUGCACCAUCGGGCGUGAACCGCAGACUUCUUGGCAGCUUAGGCGCAAUCAAGGAGAGAGCUCCCAUCAUAGGAGGAAACUUCGCAGUGUGGGGUGGCUUGUUCUCAACAAUAGACUGCACUAUGGUAAAGAUUCGCAAGAAAGAAGACCCGUGGAAUUCCAUCACUAGCGGUGCUCUCACGGGAGCAAUCUUGGCUGUCAGAAAUGGUGCAGGAGCAAUGGUAGGAUCAGCGGUUAUAGGGGGUGUUCUAUUGGCUCUGAUUGAAGGCGUAGGAAUAUUGUUUACACGGUACUCUGCAGAGCAGUUCAAACCAGUGAAUCCACAAAUGGAGGACCCAUCACAACUAGGAGGAACACCGUUUGGUGCCAGUUCGCAGUACCAGGGAAUGUGAACAGCCUGCGCAUUAGCGGCGGUGUGUGUAAAGGACUAAUUCUGUGCAGCAGUUCACCGCAAGCACCUGUGGUGGAGAGCCACUCACCUCACUGUUUUCGGAGAAGAUUGUUAGUUAGGCAGCCAUGAGCAUGGUGUCAUGUGCAUAUUCAAAUCCACUGAUAAAGACUUCUUCCAAAGAGUGCCAGUCCCACAUUGCUAUGUGAAUAAGUGGCACCUCUAAUAAAAGAAAAGGAGUAGU